AUGAAUGUUCUCAAGCUUCAAAAGAAAUUUCCCCAGUUCCCGCAGAACGAGAUCUUCUCGCUGUCAGAUGCCUUUCAGCGACUCGAUGUAGACGACCGAGGAUACCUGGACGAAGCAACAGCAAUCAAGGCUACCCAGCAAAGCGAAAAUCUGCCAUACGACGUCGUACGUCAGGCGCUGAAGGAAGUUGAGCUUGAUUCCUCGAGACGCGUUGAGCUUGAAGAUUACGUUGGGCUCGUCGCAAAGCUUCGCGACUCUUCCCCCGCCCAAAAACGCAUGUCUGUCGGGCCAGCCGCUCCUUCUGGCGGUGUCGUAACCCAACGAACCGGCGGCCAUGCCUCGAAGGGCAGCGUCAGCGGCAAGAUUCAAGUGCAAGGCUCCAGCGCAAAUAUCACGCACACGAUUAACGAAGACGAACGUACAGAGUUCACUCGACACAUCAAUGCAGUCCUGGCAGGCGAUGCAGACAUUGGCAGCCGCCUGCCUUUCCCCACCGAUACCUUCGAAAUGUUUGACGAUUGUAAGGAUGGACUGGUCCUCGCCAAGCUCAUCAAUGACAGUGUUCCGGACACCAUUGAUGAGCGUGUCUUGAAUAUGCCUGGAAAGAAGACCAAGAACCUUAACGCGUUUCAAAUGAGCGAGAACAACAACAUCGUGAUUGAGUCUUGCAAGGGUAUUGGCUGUUCCGUCGUCAAUAUUGGCGCGGGUGAUAUUAUCGAAGUGCGUGAGCAUCUCAUCCUGGGUCUUAUCUGGCAAAUUAUUCGUCGUGGUCUUCUCGGAAAGAUCGAUAUAAAGUUGCACCCUGAGCUGUAUCGCUUGCUGGAAGAGGAUGAGACCCUGGAACAGUUCCUCCGCCUCCCUCCUGAGCAGAUUCUUCUGCGAUGGUUCAACUACCAUCUCAAGGCAGCCAAUUGGUCGCGAAGAGUCUCCAACUUCUCCACCGACGUCAAGGAUGGCGAGAACUACGCCGUUCUGCUUGCCCAAAUUGGAGGCGAGUACGGCUGCACCAGAGCGCCCAUCCAGACAAGAGAUCUUCUGAAAAGAGCGGAAGAAGUUCUCCAGGAGGCCGAAAAGCUCCAAUGCCGAAAGUUCCUGACCCCUACCUCGCUGGUUGCUGGUAACCCGAAGCUGAACCUUGCGUUCGUUGCCAAUUUGUUCAACAACCACCCUGCUCUGGACCCCAUCACGGAGGAAGAGAAGCUUGAAGUAGAGGAUUUUGACGCCGAAGGCGAGAGAGAAGCCAGAGUAUUCACACUCUGGCUCAACAGCUUGGAUGUUCAGCCGGCAGUUGUGUCAUUCUUCGAUGAUCUACGCGACGGCAACAUUCUCCUGCAAGCGUAUGACAAGGUUAUUCAAGGCUCCGUCAACUGGCGUCAUGUCAACAAACCCCCGGCCCAUGGCGGUGAAAUCAUCCGAUUUAAGGCCGUAGAGAAUACCAACUAUGCCAUUGAGCUCGGCAAACAAAUCGGAUUUUCCUUGGUCGGCAUCCAAGGCGCUGAUAUCACUGACGGGCAAAGGACUCUGACUCUCGGCCUGGUCUGGCAGCUUAUGAGAAGAAACAUUACGGUGACUCUUUCCUCUCUUGCGCAGAAGCUCGGCAAGCGAGAAAUUACCGAUGCCGAGAUGGUCCGCUGGGCAAAUGACAUUUCCAAGAAGGGUGGUCGUAACUCUGCCAUCAGAUCUUUCAAGGACCCCGCUAUCGCCACUGGCGUUUUCUUGCUCGAUGUGCUGAACGGAAUCAAGAGCAGCUACGUUGACUACGACCUGGUGACCGCUGGACAGACGGAUGAGGACGCAUACAUGAACGCGAAACUCAGCAUCAGCAUCGCUAGAAAGUUGGGCGCUACUAUCUGGCUGGUGCCAGAAGAUAUCUGCCAAGUCAGAAGCCGUCUCGUGACAACUUUUAUUGGAUCUCUCAUGGCUACGCACGAAAGAAUGUAA